CGUGACAUGAUAUCACCUCCACAAGUAUUUUAUGCAAUGAGUGCAUAUUCAUAAUAAUCAUCACUCCAGCUAUUAUUAAAGAUCAGGAAAUCUCACCGAGAAAGAACUAAAAAAAAAAAAAAAAAGAUUAUCAGAAAUUAACUGCAUUAAUGGAAUCAGACGAGGCAAGUUUGAGAGGCCAAGCGGAGAUAUGGAAGUACAUGUUCAACUUUGCGGAUUCCUUGGCCUUGAGAUGCGCUGUGGAGCUCAAAAUUCCCGACAUCAUUAACUCCCACGGCGGCCCAAUAACUCUGGCCCAAAUAGCCUCCUCCAUUCCCAACACUUCCUCUGAUCCGGACAUCUCGUGCCUCGCGCGCAUCAUGCGCCUCCUGGUCCGCCGAAAGAUCUUCACCGCCCACCAACCAUCGGACGGCUCCGGAAACAGCACCAUUCUCUACGGCCUGACCCACUCGUCAAAGUGGCUCUUGCGUGACACGUUAGGCGAUGAUCAGCAUACUCUGGCUCCGAUUUUUCUGAUGGAGACCCAUCCGUGGCUUGUGUCUCCGUGGCACUGCUUUAGCCGUUGCAUCAAGGAGGGUGGGAUUGCCUUCGAGAAGUCCCAUGGACGUGAGAUAUGGGAUUUCGCAUCCGAGAAUCCAGAGUUCAACAAGCUCUUCAAUGAUGGGAUGGAAUGCACGGCCAAGAUCAUUCUGAAGGCGAUCUUGUCGGAGUAUAAAGAUGGGUUCGAUUAUUUGGGGUCGUUGGUUGACGUGGGUGGUGGGACCGGUGGAGCCCUAUCUGAGAUCGUGAAAUCUCAUCCGCACAUCAAGGGAACCAACUUUGAUCUUCCGCAUGUCGUCGCUACGGCACCAGCGUACCCGGGAGUGUCCCAUGUUGGAGGCGACAUGUUUGAGAGUAUCCCAAAUGCCGAUGCUGUUUUCAUGAAGUGGAUAAUGCAUGACUGGGGAGAUGAAGAUUGUGUGAAGAUCUUAAAAAAUUGCCGGAAAGCAAUACCAGAAAAAAGUGGGAAAGUUAUUAUAAUAGAUGUAGUUUUGAACCCCGAAGGCAAUGGACUAUUUGAUGACACGGGGUUAAUAUUUGACCUUGUAAUGGUUGCCCAUGCUUCAGGUGGAAAAGAGAGAACUGAGAAUGAAUGGAAGAAGAUCUUGAAAGAAGGAGGUUUCUCUCGCUACAAAAUCGUCAAAAUUCCUGCCUUAACAUCCAUAAUUGAGGCCUAUCCACAGUGAUCACCUUAUCAUAUAUAUUCAGUGAAGUGCGUACCUUAAUUUGUCUAGAUAAAUUAUUGGUGUCUCCAUUAUGAUCGACCCAUUAAUGUUGGAUAGUUUAGUUGGUCCUACUUGUUAUAUCAUCUUAGUUCUAGUUUUUAUUUUAUUUGUGCCACAUUGAAAUAAUUGAAUCCCGGAACUGAGUGUGUCGGCUCACUAAUAAAUUGUGUUUAUUUUUA